UACCCUAUGCAUAUGCAGUUGCCCCACACGUUGCCUCUGGUGUAAAACGGGCGCAACCAACUACUAACCUCGCAUAUUUUUGCUUGUGCUUGUUUUCGCCGACUUGAUCAGCGUGAGGGAUGACAAUUUCAACAGCUCAAGGUGAACGAGUUCCACGCACUGUGUACAUAAUAUUUAUCUACCUUGUCAUUGAUCUCUUGGGAUUUACCGUGAUCCUGCCACUCUUGCCAUCUAUAUUAGAUUACUACAGCCACCAUGACAAGGAUGGCUUGUAUCCAUGGCUAGAAGGGUGCAUCAAGCAUCUUCAGAGUUUCAUAGGAGCACCAAGCAGUCUCAACAAAGUAUUUUUUGGAGGUUGCAUCGGGGCUUUGUACUCAUUUCUUCAGUUUCUAGCUGCACCUUUAAUUGGCUCAUUGUCGGAUGUCUAUGGACGAAAAUGGAUGCUCACACUAACAACGUGUGGAGUAGCACUUUCUUAUGCCGUGUGGGCUGUGUCCAACAGCUUCGCACUGUUUGUACUCUCACGCAUCAUUGGUGGCAUCAGCAAGGGUAACAUAAGCCUAAGCACAGCUGUUAUUACAGAUGUCUGCAAUUCCAAGCUUCGAGGCAAAGGAAUGGCACUCAUUGGUGUUGCCUUUUCUAUUGGAUUUAUUGUGGGACCCCUCAUUGGUGCCCAAUUUGCUGUGGCAAGUAAAGGCUCUACUGAGUUCUACGUUGGCCCUGCAAUCUUUGCCCUUCUGCUUGCCCUCCUGGACAUAUUGUUCUUGAGCUUUAUGUUUACAGAGUCAUUGCCUCGGGAGAAACGUGCACAUUCGGUUGCUUCUAGUCUCUCCGGAGCACUUUCCUAUGUCAACCCAGCAUCGUUGUUCACAUUUCAGCCAGUUCAAAAGCUUCCUCUGAAAGAUCAUCAGGUUCUCCGUCAGUGUGGCCUGGCUUAUUUUUCAUACCUGCUGUUCUAUUCUGGCCUGGAGUAUUCGUUGUCCUUCCUAACUCACAGCAGGUUUCAGUACACACGCAUGCAACAAGGCAAGAUGUACUUUGUGGUCGGCCUUGUGAUGGCUGCAAUUCAAGGCGGCUACGUCCACAGAGUUCCACCAGGGAAGGAAAUAAGAGUGUGCCUUGUUGGGAUUAUGAUGAUCAUACCAUCAUUCAUCAUCAUUGGUGUGUCCUGGAGUCCAUAUGUCUUAUACUGCGGACUCAUGUUGUACGCCUUCUCCUCGGGGACUGUAGUACCGUGCCUGACAACGCUAGUCUCCAAAUAUGGUGCACCGACUCAAAAGGGAACGAUCCUGGGUAUCUUUCGAUCUCUGGGUGCUCUGGCUCGUGCUUUGGGGCCAUUGCUGUCAGCCACAGUCUACUGGUGGGCAGGUCCUGUGGUCUGCUACUGCAUUGGUGGCUGCCUGUUUGUGUUUCCACUGCUCAUCCUCAGGAACUUGCACAGAACAGUUGGCGACAUGGUCAAAUAAGACUUUCUCUGCUGAUAUAGCUUAAGAGACAACUAUAGUGAUCGUGCAGCAUUUGGAAAGUUGUCUUUCAAAAGUGUGGCAACGUGUGUGCUGUCUGCUUAGAUUAUUAUGAAGUGUGGAGAAGUUGCCUGCAAGGCCACUUACCAUGUGAUUAUCUUGUUGCCAUUUUGCACCAUAGCAGCUUCCCUUUUAGUCUUCCUCCUUGAAGAGAUUGUUUUCACAUAUUUUGGGUUGCUGUCUAUGCUUAUGAACUUAAUUUUUUAUAAAGAUAUUGUUGGUAAAUUUAUAUGUGGUCCUGUUUACAUUUAGAACCAGUAUGAGUGUUGCGAAAUGCCAACUGUUGGCCUUGUGUAAGCAUUUAUUUUAACCCCUUUGCAUUUAUUAUACUAGUAACAAACGAAAAUGUUGAUUUUUCUUUUGUUUGUGUGCAUAUUUCGAUGUUGUAAUUUUCCAGCACCAGUUCAUGUUAUUGAAAUUUAUUCGACACAUAAGCAUAAUGCAAAAUAUUAUUUAUUGUCCUAGCUCAAUCCGUGCAAAGAUCCCCCUAUCGUUUCUUUUUCUAAAUCUUGUGUUUUAGUCUCUCUUAAAAUUGUGCAUUAUGUGCAAAUUCUUCCCAAAGAAAUUACAUUCUUAUUGUCUGUAACUAUACUCUGAACAGUUGUAUUACUUCAUUUGUGUUUGUGUGUGUUAGAAUGUAUGUGUGUACGUGUUCGGUAGUUGACUGAAGAUUAACUCACUGAAAUUAUUGUUUAAGAAACACCAAAAUGUGCCUGGUCAUCAUAGUAAGUGAUAGCAGAUAAGCAUAUCAGUUUAUGGUGGUUCAUCAGGGACGUAUGACAUUUCUGCACAAGUUGACUUUGCUUGACAGCAGAUGGCUACAUAAGGCUGCUCAUUUUAAAACCUGGUUAAAGUGUUAGCAGGCAUCCAACAACGAUAACACCGAUCAACGCAAAGCCAUAAUAUUGGUUCUGGCCACUAAGCCAAAUAAGUGCUGCUAUUCAAUCAACCACCUAUACUAAUGGUUUGGUGGAAUGAGUUUAUCUACAGCAGUUAUAUUUGAAAUUAGAGAUUGAGCUUAGCAGUAUUAACAUGGAUUCUGUCUACUGUUUGAUUGGUUGGAAACUAGGAGACUUUAGUUUCAGGUAAACAUGUACAUGUACAGAAGUACUAAUUGUAACGUCUUCUGUGGUAUGUAAAAUUGUGGUGUAAUAGCUCUUCUGUUGAAUUAGGUCAUGGUUCAAGACAUUUUUGACAAUUUGGUUGUAAAAUGUGGAGGAAACACUGGAAAAAGCGUAAAUCAGAGGAACUGUGUGUGGGUUUACAGAGAUCCAUGCACUGGAAUCAAAAAAACAAAAUUUCAGUAUGCUAAUGAUAUGUGCUGUACAUAUGGUUUCAAUGUAUAUGCAUUAGAUCAUGUAAGGAAAAUUACUAUGGUUCUGGUGAAUAUUGAUGUUAGCAGUUUUGGUGCCUGUAAGAUGACCUAUGGAAAAGCCUUCUUUCUCUAAAAUUGAGAUGCAUAGUUUACAUGUUGAACACUAUAUGUAUGUACACAGAAAACCUGUUUUGUGGUCUGUUAUAAUCUUUCAUAGCACAUCUUUUGGUUCCUUUUGCUCUGCAUUUCUCCUGGCUUGUGAUGGAACUAUGGCAAGGACAAAAUGUACGCACAAACAUUUCUUGUAGUUAAGAUCUUCUUUGCCAUACGAUUGUGAAAAGCAAGUUGAUUAGUUAAGCACUUUGAGCUAGCAUGGAAACCUUUGUGCAUUCCAUAUAUUACGUCUGGGAUGGUUCACACAGGAAUUGUUAACGCACUAAUAAACAAGACAUUAUUUACUAUAUGACACACCACAGGUGGUAUGCAAGAUCUUUCAUCUUAUUCCAAACUGUUGGGAACAUUCAGUAUAUUUUGUAGAUAUGUUGUUGAGAGCCAAAGGAUCAUUGGUGAGCCACUGGGAACACAAAUUAAAUGUGUACUCAAUAUCAGUGCCGCGUAAUAACCAAAACAACAUGCUUGUACAUUCACAAAGAUGACAGGCCUCUGUAACCAUGUAUAGUCGGAGCUGAAAGUUAAGGUAUUGGCUACGAUCAAGCCUUGAUGCAGCUAUAAACAGCUGUGGUCAACAAUGGCUUAACAGAACUGACUUAACUGGUGCUAUUUGCGUUGCGAAGUAAAUUUUUCUGGCGAGAGUUUUCUUUUUGAAGAUUGGUCACUGCACUAGAAAGUAACAAACAAAAUAAAAAUUUGAAGUUUCAACAGCUGCCACUGCUUGUUGAAAAAUGCAAAAAAAGAAAGUGAUUAUUGUCAGCAUACUUUCUUGUGAUUGUGACAAGGCAAUAACAGAGAGUGUAAUUGUAUUUACUGAAUGCUUUUUCAGAAUACCAUCUCAGCCCAAAAAACAAUUCCAGCAUGUCUACCUGCAUCAGGAAAUCAACAUGAAAACCAUUUUAUUUGGAUCUCGAUUACCCCCCCCCCUCCUCCUCCUUUCUUUUUUCCACGAAAAGUAUGGGGUCAAGAACUGAACAUAUUGUGAUGUGCCGUGGCACAACUGCACCAAUGCAUUUGUGGAGAGUUUGUUUACUGUAGUCUUUUUAUUAUGGCUAUUAACGUUACCCUACUUAUCCUGCUUGUCACAACGGCAGCCCAUUACAUUUCAUAGAUUUAAGAGUGAGCUCAUGGGUAGUCAUCACCUCAUAUGGGCUCAUGUGGCAGUUGAAUUGGCAUGUGCUGAAAUUGCAAUUGACUCAUUCAAGGGCACAGUAGUUCCUCAAAUUGUGCUGAAACUGUUAGGAAUUUCUGCUUGAAGAUGACAUUGUAAAGGAAAGUGAUAAGGGUGGCUUGUUUCCAUUCCCGUAAUUGGUAUCAUUAUUGCUCCUCAUUAUAAAUGUCACAUCAAAAUUGUCCAUGUAUACCUUACUUAUGAUUCCAGCCUAGACUGCUCUAUUCAGACACCAUUUCCUGUCCUCAUGCGCUAAUUGAAGUGUUUUAUAAUGUGUUUCAGUCAAAAAAUGCCAAUAGUUUUUGUACUUGACAUUCAAGCUGACAGCUUACUUCAAACUGCCACAUAGGGAUAGAUUUCUUGCUAGCUUGUUUAAUAAAGCAGAUGUGCGAUAGGAAACACAAAACAAAAAUGAACAGUACUCUUGCAGUGUUUAGACCUUCCAAGGCACCCAAGGCAGGAAUUUUUUGCAUGGUGGCAGUUGUGAGAGGAAGUGUCAUGUACCUGCUUCAUUCAGCUGGUUUCAGCUAUACAAGGAGAUGUCUCAUGUAGCCCAGUCUCAAAUCUUAGCUUGCCUUCAAGCUUUUGUUGGGGAGGUGUAUAAAAGCUUAUUUAAUCUAUUCCAGUGAAAUGUAUCAGUCUACCAAAGUACAAAAGAACUACUUUUUUUCUGCCCGCUUGUAACUUGCAUGUUUGCUGCUGCCUCAUUUUUGGUCAAAGCUAUCAAAAUUGCUUUCACACCACUAACAACUUGCAGUCAUCACUGGUCAAUAAGCUACUCGACCUACACAAGAGCAGUCUGUAUGAAUAAGUGUUUGUUUCCCAGCACUGGGCCAGAUAAGAAAGGACAAGUGUAUUUAACCUUGUUUAAUUGAGGCCUGAAAUCUGGCAAGGGAUGUUGUGCUGUAUUUGGCAAGUUAUCUUGCCCUGUAUGUCACUUUCUGUACCUGGGCCCUGUAUUCCCUUCUAAUUUGCAGAAUUUGUAGUGUGAAAAGCUUUUAGAAUGUCUGACUGGACCUAAAAUGCAAUGUAUUGAGCUCACUGAUAAACAUCAUUCACGGUGCUACUUUUCCCCUUUUCUAUAAUCGGUAUGUUGCCUAGUUGUUUGCAACUCCACACUUGAAAGCUGCCUAAUGGUCUCGUCAUCGUGGUAGGCCUUUGAUUAAUGCCACCAAGGGUGAAGUCGGCUGCCCUUGUCACUCGUCACAAAUUCUCGAGAAGUGUUCCUAAAAUGGUUGCUUACUUGUGAAGUAGAUUGUGGGCAACAAUCGGUGGGACCAGUCUUAAUGUUUUAUGUUUGUCAGUCGGGUUGGGGGAGGCCUCGGGACAGAUGUGUCAUCCUAUGGUACCCAGAUUUUACUGCAUAAUGUUGGUGCUUGACACCAAUUUUCAGUGAUGUCCAUUGCUCAUGGGCUGCACUGUAAUUAUUAUUUUUUUUUAUUAUAGCAUAGUUGCACAUGGCAGUGAUAAGCAAGUGUCAGGGUUUCUGUGGCUCUUGUGAGCCCUUUUUUUAGUGGUGCACAUUUUGUCUAUAUGUAAGAAGAAUGGGUGCACUGUGGAGAACGGGCACUUGCUAAUAGCCCUGCAUGCAUCUGUACUUUAGAGACCUUAAAGAAAGAAGACACAGGGUCCAAUAGAAGAAAUAGACAACCUACAGAGGGGCUCAGCUGUUCAAAGCACAAAUUGAGUAUGGAUAUACCCUCAUUUCUUUUUCAUAAUUGUGCAUUAUAUGUUGAUCUUUGUAACUCUUUGCAACUUUGAAUUGUACAACUGGAACUUUUUGAUACUGACAGUUAAAGGCGGGGGGGGAGGCCUAAAAGACAUGCAAGUUGUUAUUGCUGCGUUGUUUGCAUUUCGUUUUGUUGUCUCUGUAUAUUGUCACACUUAGAAUUAGGAGAUGCAUUACACGGCCUGAAGGUGUUCACAAUACUUUUUCUUAAUGAACGUUAUCCUUAAAUGUGUUAUCAUUUGAUAAGUUCAGGAUUCUCAUGAAAGUGAGGGUUGCCUUUUCUUUCCAUCUUAUGUUCCGCCACUCCUUUACUUAAUUUCUUCUCUGUAAAAAUAGAAGUGUUAGCCAAGAAUUGGUAUAUGUGCAAAGAUUAGAAACAUUUAAACAAAUACAGCCUUUGUUCUCACACUAUCUGCAAUAGUCCUUUGGUAAUUUGGUCUUUUGUUAUAAUGAGAAAUUCUAUAUAGUUCUUAGCAUGCAAUUUGAGUGCAAAGAGCCAGAAGUGUAUGCAAAAAAAAAAGUUCUCUGGGUAUUCGGGACAAAUAAGAAAAUGCUUGUUGCAGUUUGGCUCAUGUCAAGCCAGAAUCUGUCAAUGUCUUGUGAAUUUUCUGCCACUAGUAUGUCACUGUGUUUCAGUGUAUAGCACCGCUCCAUUUUAUUUUUAUUUUCUUGCUUGUUUCAAGGGCUCUUUGAGCUUUAAUGUUCAACUGACAUUUGUCUGUUUUGUAUUGAACCUCUGACUCCUGGUCACCAGCAGUUACUUUUCUGUCAAUUACGUGGUGUUAGCUGUUUCUUCACAAAUCCAUUAUGAUAUUUUUGAUGAGUGCUGUGGUGUUUAGGGUCAGUCAUUUCGAUUCAGGAUGUGCCAACAAAGUGUUCAUCACAAAUAUUCAGAUAAAGAAGCAUAAUCUUGUACAAUAAAACCAGUCGUAGCACCAUGUCGUUGUAAUAUGAUGUGAAAUAGGCCUAACAUUUCAGGAGGAUUUAAUUUACACUUCUUAAAUGCUCACAAUUUGUUUUGAAAAGCUUUAUUUAGCAUGGAUAUUUAUUUGUGCAGCGACAUUGUUGUCACUGUGUCUAUAUCAAUGGAAGAUCCAGUUUUUGCAUUUUUGUGCAUCAGUUCUGCAUUUUUUUUUUCUUGCAUGAUAACUGUGGCAACCAGUGAAAGCACGUGUUAUUCUGUGUGCUUGCACUAUAGUACUCUUUGUCUUUAAAAAAACUAAUGUCUGUGGAGUGUGCAGCUGGUGAUCCUUAACCCUUUCAGUAUCAGAUUUUUUCUUGGAGAUCAUAAAACUAACUGAACAGUUUAUUUUUGGUUAACAGUAGUGGCAAAUGCUCUCCUGGUGUUCUCCUCACAUUCCUAUCCGACAAAAGGAAUGUCAAAAGGAAUGUGGUAGAACAGAAACACAGAAACGAACUGUUACGUCAGUGGUGCUGAAAGGCUUAAAGGGGAUGUAGAGCCAUAACUACAUUAUACUAGAAAAGGCUAGUGUGUUCAGGAGCGGUGCCUGCCAUGCAUUGACACGAGGCAGUAAGCGUGGAAAGGUACGGCACUUGGAUGCCAGCCCACACGACAGCAACACCUCCACCAUCAUUUGUACAAUUUGUCGUCCAUUUCUUUUUUUUUUCUUUAUGUAGUUUAAAUGAUGCAUUCAUUUAAAAUAAAGGCUUGCUUUCCCUGUGUGUUUCCCGCUUGAAUUAUAGACAGUGGUUGUCACUGCAAUAUAAAGAGCUGUCUGCGCUUAAUGAAUUACUUACUUAUUGAGUUAAUUUUAGUUGCUUAACUAGCUAAAUAUUUAUUAAGCAGUGAAAGUUUUGCUAAUUCAUUGAUUAAUGGUUAGUUCACUAAUUACAAGAAUUGCUGAUAUAUGUUAUUUUUCUAAUGAAUUGCAUAAUUAAGUUAUUAACCAUUUUGGAAAUAUUUUUUUUAUAUCUAAUACAUUUUUGAUCCUGUGACUCCUAGAUAUGAAGUAAGCAGUCUCACUAUGUAAUUUUUCGUAUUGUGACAUCUGUAUUGUAUUGUGAUAUAGUGGUGUCUGGAAAGGAAGGAGUAGGUUUUCCUUGAUACAUUUUUUGUGUGUCAUGUAACUAUAAGAAUUGCUAAGUUAAUUUUCUGCAACCUAACAAUGUAUAAGCAACAAUUGUGACUUAUAGCACUAACCAUUGUAUAAUAUUUGAUCUCGUACUGCUAAAUCUUAUGUAAUGAGUUCGCUGCCGCUCAGUUUCGUUAUGUUUAACCUUUCCUAACUCCCCUUGUGCAAUACUCCACUUCUGAGCCUGUGAGGACCUUGAAUAAAAUUAAUGAAUAAAUAUGCAAACAUUCACAAGUGCAACCAAUGCAACAAGUGGUCAUUGCAGAGCGUGUCGGCGCAGACAAGGCGGCUUCCAUCCAGCCCAUGCUGAAAGGCUACAUCCACAGGAGAAGUGUCAGCCACUGGCCCUCCCUGAACACACUACUAACACUGUACCAUACCUAGAUUAAAAGGGGAAAAAAAUUCACAGGAAUGCUAGAGGAAUUAUCUCUUAGGUGUUUGUCAAGCUCCGUUUAUGGCCACAUCAAUUCUGUGGAAAUCUUCUCGUUGAAGGAACAUUUAUGUACGGAAAGAUUUAACCAUGACAGGAUUCCCAGUUUCAUGCUGCUCCCCAGUGGAUGACAACUCUUCCCUUUCAAGUGCACAAUUCACUGACUCUCUUAGGUUGCCUAAAAGGCAUACAAUACUACUGUUUUGUUUUGCUUUUUCAAAGCAGAAAAUUCAUGAAAUGUGAGCUGCUUUAUUGCAUUUUUGACAAGGCUGUGACCUGUGGCUCGGAUGGUGUUAUUGAAAAUGUGCAGCGAGAGUGAUUUGGUGUGAGGCUGACUAUGGAAAGCAGAGACUGUGAUUUACAGGCCCUUCCCAUUGUAUACUCAGCUUUUCCUUGCAUCAGGCUUGGUUGCAGGUAUGCAGAAUUGUGACCAAAGGCUUGAACGCCUAGACUUGCGCCAUGUUUUGACUAGGCUUUUGGCAAAAUUUUACUCUUGUUUCUCUGAAGCAAGAACAAAUUUGCCACCAAAGUUUUCUUUUUUUUCCUCUCCUUUUUCCACCAUGAACAAAAAUAUAUAUUUUAUAAAGAAAAGAAAAAGUUGCCCAAACAAUAUACAAUGUAUGGAUCUGACCGAGUGCUUAAUAAUUAUCAUUCCUUCUGUACUGCCAUGGCAUCGUUUAUGGUAGAGAUUGUCUUCCAGGUCAAAAUGGAUAUAGGUGAUGGUGCUGUGCCUUAAUUAUCAUGAAGUUUGUGGUUUGUGAUGUGCUUUCACAUGCUCAUACAUUAUUGCAUUUGUCAUACAACCACACCACAGGACUGUUUGUGUGUUUGUGAACAGCCUGCAGGAGUGAACAGCCUGCAUUAGGAGAUUUAUUAAGAAGACAUACUCUGUUGAAACAGGUCUUGCAGCAAUGCAUUUUGCACUGGAAUCCUCUGUGAUGCAUAGUCAUGCAUACAGCAUUCAAGUGCGGUUGUUACCUACUCUGAGAAAAUUUGUAUUUACAUGCUGAAAAAAUGAACAUGCAAUAAAGAAACUAUAUAUAUU